AUGGCCGGUGAGAUGAUCUACAUUCUCGAACAAAGAAUAAAGAAUCAAAAAAAUAUCUCUGAAGAGAAAGGCGACCUAGUACUGCACGACAUAAUAAGCCAAACACUCAAGCAGAAAUAUUUGCACGAAAUAUUCAAGCCACAACACAUGUUUUCUCGAAGGCACAUGCGAGCGAUGUUUGAACGGCUAGCUCAUUCGAGUAUAAUGCGACUCAGUGAGAGCAGCAUGGAAAAGCUGUUUGAUUUGACUCUUAUGAUGACAAAGUAUCAAAUCCACUCGGUUGUUAUGCCUGAGCAGAUCCUCACCGUCACUAUGAACCAUCUCAGUGGGAUGAAACGAAUCGCAAAGCAAGAAGAGGACAUCCAAGAACUCAUCCGGAACGCCCACGCAAUGUUUCUCAUGCUAUACGGUCCAGUUCCAGUCACUGAAUGGAAUUUGAUUCGGUAUCAAAUGCUGAAUUUCUUCCAGGAUUGUCGCGUAAAAGUUUCGGUGCUUCUGAGAGACGGCAAACAAUUCGAAGAUGGACAUUUUGCGUACUUACCUCAGAACGACUCUAUUGAACUUCCACCAGAUGUCGAACCUCCUGGCACAACAAAAUACUACGAAAAUGGCGAAUUUGUGAAGUCUACGCAAUGGCCAGUGACGCGAAAUUACGUACCACUGCAGAAUGUGGAAAGCCGAAAUCUUGAUGCCGAAGUUCGUUCGACUACCCUUGGUACAAGCAUUUUCCUUAAUGAGAUGAGCGUGAACAUUAAUGGCGGUGGUGGAACGGCAAAAGCGGAACCGGUCCAGUACGGUGACGAGAUUAAGCUGCUCGAAUCGUUGUUUGGUAGCUCACUCAAAACUGAAGGUGAAGUGGAUCUAAACAUGUUUGAUUCGACUACAGAAGAAUCGAGUUAUGUGAAAGAAACCGAAGAGGCUCUCAAAAAUGUCCUGAAAAUCGACGCAUCGAAGGACAAAAAGUCUAUAUCGACUACAAUAUCCGAGAUGAAUCUCGCAUCAUCGGAGGAAAAAAAGAAGAAGGGCAAAGGUGCCGAUAUGCUCGAAAUGCUCGAUGAGGCUGCUGCACGUCCAGCAACAGGAAAAUCACGAUCGCGUUCGAGGACACGAACUGAGCGAGGCGACUCCGCAGCCAAGCCACGUACUCCCAGUGGAAAGCGACCCACGUCGGUAAAGAAGACUUCUAACAAUAAGUGA